AUGAAAAUGAGUUUUCGAGAAAAAACAGGUUUACAUAGCGCUCAGGCGUUUUUACAUAGAUCGAAAUCUUUGUAUGAUGGGACUAAGUCAACGAUGCGCUUGUCGAACAUCACAGCAAAAUUGCGAACGGUAUCUGCAACAUUGACAAACACAAAUCCUUUCAGUUCUAAGUCACAGGAAAAUAGUAUAGCUGAAGAGAACGCAAAUGAUAUUAAACAAACAGAAGGAAUUAAAAAAGUAAAAAGACGAACUCGUAAACGAAUAACAUUCACAAAUGAAUCCUCUACAACUGCAAGUGGAAAGCAAGAGAAACCUGAAAGUAAAAAAAGGAAGAAGAAACAAAAACCUGAUUAUUCAGAAACAACCAAACUAGUCAAAGCUAGCAGUGUUCAACAGACUACAGAAUACGUUGUACAAGAAGGUGAUUCAUUCAAUAGUGUAGCAGCUCGAUUCGAUCUAACUCCUUCAGAAUUAUGUCGUAUCAAUAAACUCUUGUCUCGAACAUUAUUUGUUGGUCAAGUGAUCAAACUUCCUAUCAAUGAAAAACUAGAAAAUAUGACCGCUGAAUCAUCCAGUAAAUCUGUUGCAUCUAGUGUAAAAAGCGAUAAUGAUCAUUUAAAUAUUGAAGAAAAUGAACAAAUGACAACUGAAAAAGUAAUAAAAAAUCCUCUCGAUCCUAAAGUAUGCCUUAUUGAAGAAGAGAUUAAAUCGAAACUUCUACAAUCAGUUGAUUCAUUAACAUCAUCAGUCAAUGAAACAGAUACUGAUGAACAAGAUUUGGAUGAAUCUUCUACAUACAGUGAAUAUACAGAUUAUGCAGAAGAAGAAAAUGAUCCAAUGGCAUGUCAAUAUCUAAAGUUUGACUGUAAAUUCGUUGUCGAUUUGCAAUGUUCUGUUCCUGGGAUAAUUUUGGUAACCACAAAUAUGUUUGUGUUUAAACCAUACGACGAAGAACAAUAUCCACUGGAAAAUCAUUGUAAACAAAUUCCAUUGAGUCAAUUUCGUACGAUUGCAGUUUACAGGGAUCCAUCUGUUAUGUAUUUUACAAAACGUGGAGCGCAACCUGCUUCAUGUCCUAGCAACGUGAAUAUUGAUUAUAAUGUUAAUGACAUCAGAAAUUCUAAUGAACAAACACCUUGUGUAAUAAUUACAAAAAAUGAUGAUAAUUCAAUAGAUAAGUUGUCAAAUCCCAUAGAAAUUAAGGAAAUAUAUGUGGAAUGA